AGAUUGCAUAACAGCUGAGAAAAUGGUUCCUACUGGAUUAAGCAACAUGAAGUCAGGAUACUUCAUCUCCUUCGGCUUGCUUUUCCAGCUUUCAGGUGCCUUGUACAGACAAUGGAUUCCUGACACCAACUUCAACAAUGUUACAAACUGGGACAAGGAGAGAAUUCCUUGUAAGAAUGACAGAGUCUUAUUUCAUCAAGAUAAGAGUUUAAGCAUUUUCAUGCAAUCGCCACUGGAACUGAUGGAAAUGUACUUGCCUCUUGAUGGAGAGUUCAUCCUCACUCAUGGAGCUGGAUUUGCUGCCAGUGAUGGUCAGAGUGUAUCAGGAUGUGAAAGAGGCGAGGAUAUCACUUUCAAAGACCCUAGCCAGUAUAAAUGGUAUGAUCCCAAAUAUUGGUAUACAGCUUUAUCAAUGAGUGACCUGGAAAAUGAGAAGUACCUGUUCAUCUUGGAUGAGGAACGUGUUCCCUGCCAAUAUGACGAUGUCAUUUUUCGACCUGAAACAUCUUUUCGUGUUGACUUGGACAGCGAUAUACAAAAUAUCAAUGUGAAAACCAUUUCUUUAAUGAAUACGACAUUUGCAAGCAAUGAAGAGUUUGCUGAGUACAUGUGGUCAAAUACUGGAAAAUUACAGUUCCAAGGAAAUGGCUCGAUCACUGUGAGAAAUGUCAAGUGUGAGGAUAAAUCUGGCUGUGAUUGUGGUAACUUUGGUAACCACAGAAGGAUUUGCUCGAAUUUGCAAAAAGAAUCAGGAAGCCAAUGUUCAGAGCUUAUUUGCACAAAUCCCUUGAAGCCUCUAGGACAUUGCUGUGACAUAUGUGGUGCCAUUAUUUAUUUAGAAUAUGGUCCAGAAUUUGAUCUCGAAUUAUACCAGGCCCAUCUCUUCGAAUCCUUCCUUUGCUUGAACAAAUACCAAGGUGUGCGCACAUCUGUGACAAAAGUUUACAAGAAGCAGUCUUCAAAGAAAACUGUCCUGGCCGAUGCUGCUCCUUAUAUUCAGAUUGUAUUUAUUGAUAAUGAGACUGAGUCAGCAACAGGAAAGCUUGCAGCUGCACUGGCACAAGAUGUUAUGGAGGUUAUCACUUCCCAAGGUGACAUAUUGGGAAUUACAAACGCUGAACUCCAGGAAAGCACUAACAGUGAACAACAGGGUGGAAGAACCAUGAAUGAUGGAGAGACAGUUGCGAUGGUGGCUGGUGUUGUCAUUGCUGUCCUGUUAAGUGGAAGCUUGAUAUUCCUCAUCGUUUCAGGAAGAAUGAGAGUCAACGUUCCAUUAUGUCUCAUCUAUUUGAAAAACUAUUUUACUUUUGACCAUGAAGUAACUAUUGACAAUGGAUUCAGCAAUGUGAUAUUUGGUUCACUAUCCAACCUGCCGCAUGAUUCUAAUGGCAUCUGUUCUGGAGAACAAACAAUAAAUAUUGUUCCAUAUCAGUCUGGAACCAAUAUCAUUAAUCCAGCCUUUAACGAGGAAAAUUGUUAAAACUUUCUUGCACGUUUGUCUGUCUUUAAUAUUCUAAAAUCCAAGGGAACUUGCAAAAAAUCAUUUUACCUCUUCACUGACCAAUCAUCUGAGGGAAAUUUAUACGUCAACCAUAACUGUAGAAAAUUUUAUUAAUUUCAUUUUCAGUUAAAGUCUCAGCAAUGAGAAUGGUUAGGACAUUCAAUGAUAUAUAAAGGUUUUUUGUUCCAAAAUAUUUUUAAAAUGUCUUAACAUUUUGAUUUUCAAUCCACUGACAUCAGUUCAGCUAAGCAGCUGCCUAUCAGAAACUCUAUCUCGCCAUUGCCAAGUACAGCUCGUGAACAUGCAGUAUGCUGUUUACUUUCUGUCUGACGGUAAAUAUUCUCUUCCAGUCUGACUAAUUCACUUAAUUGAAUGUUAGAUCGAACUAAGAAAUUGAAGUUAACACAAUGAAUUGAGUCAUUUAUUGUCACGUGUAUUCAAUAUAAAAAUACAGUGAAAAGUGUGCACCUUCGCCAUGCAUACAUGGCACCAUUCACAUUAACUUUGAAUAAGGAAGGAAAAAAGCGAUAACUUAAGAGAAUCCAACUUUCACUAAUUAUUUGGCCAUGGAAAGGAAAGAAAACAUCAACAGAUUGAUAGCGACAAUGGAAAAAAAUAAACUGAAUGACAUGCUAAUUUGGAAAGUCAGAAGGAGGAGCAGCAAAAGACAUUUUUUGAUUGGUUUACUAAACUGACAGAAACUGGGUUAACUUUUCAUUUAUCCUACAAUGGCUAUAAUGAAUCCUUCUAAUCUUGAAGCUGGAUUAUCAGGAUUGGAUGUCAGCUAACUGACUUUAAUUCUUCUGAUGGUCAGACUCAGUCCAUAUUCAUAUUCUUUUAUGAUUAAAUUGUCAGACUAACAAAGACAAAUGUCUCCUUCCAACAGGGAAGGACACCAGACAUUUAUUACCUUCUUGAUUCAAGCUAAUGCAGAGGCUAAGCAGUGAGGCUGUUCCUUUGAACCAUGAACAGACAUUUUAGCAUUGCUUUAAUUAUGUUUGACUAUUUGAUGUAAAUUUUAUCAAAUGCAUAUGGCUACCUACAAUGAGACAUAAUUAUUUAUCUGUUUAUGAUCCC